GCCGUUUCCCAUAGCCCGCGCCGUCGCCCGUAGCCCACAUCCCUACUUCCCCAGCUGUGGUACAACAACUGAAGGAGGGAGGGAUCACUAAGCUGUGCUUUGGGUUGGAACUGAAGGUGUGGUACUAUAACUUUGUUCAGGUGUGGUACAGCUACUUUUUUCAGAUUAUAAGCAAAGUCAGAAUAUUUGGAUUGCCACUCUCAACUACAAUAGCCUCCAUCGUCUCUCUCUCUCUCUCUCUCUCUGCCUGACUCUGUAGAGGUUCACUUUCAACAAUGGCGUCCAUGGAAAAUUCUCGCGAUUUCAUGUUCUGCAACAUCUGUGGGACUAUGCUAUCUUUUACUAGAACUCUUUAUGCUGAACCCGGCCAAUGUCCCAAGUGCAAAUUUUCCCGACCUAUAAAAGAGCUCUCCAAAUAUAAAAUAUCGUACACGGUCAGUAAAGAGGAUAUUCAAAGGGAGCUAGGCAUAUCAAAGAUUAAAGAGGAAAAGACUGAAUUGGCAAAGACGGACAUGAAAAAAUGUGAAAAGUGUGGCCACAAUGAGCAUACAUAUUUUUCUAGACAGAUGAGAUCAGCUGAUGAGGGGGCAACUACUUUCUACACUUGCACCAAAUGCAAUAAUAGUUUUAGUGAAAAUUAAUGUGUAGAUUAUGCAACUUCUUUUUGCUCAACUGAAAGUUGUUCCAAUUGUUUUUCCCCAGAUGAUUUUCCAUUCAGUCCAUCGUGUACUUUCCUUAGAAGCUUGAUCUGGACUCUCAAGCUUCCUAUUGUUCAAAUGUGCUAUCUGAUUGUUAGGAAAUCCUUGAUGCUUUAAUGACCCAAGUUGACCUUAUAUGU